UGCGUUUUUAUCAAACUGGUUUCUCCACAAAUGUAGGGUGUGGAUCCUCCUCGCGCUGAAAAGGGUCGGGUCUCUCGCGCAGAACUGGUCUGGUGCCCAAGUGAGCUAGCCUACAGUUACAUUCUUUCUCGUGUCUGUCUGUCUGCGCCGGCGAGGUGUUGACAUUUAUUUGUGGGUAGACUGUGGCCAGAAUACAACACACACAAUGUUUUUGGCUAAGAGACUCAUUGGUGGGAUUUUGGAUGUUGUGAGCAAUAUCGACCCUGGCCAGUUUGUCCCCACAGACCCUCCCCCACCUCGCAGACCGCUGGCCUACGCUGAGGCGCACGAGAAUGACGAGGAGAAACAGUUCCGCAAGGUUUUCCAGCAGCUGGCGGGAGAUGACAUGGAGGUCAGUCCCCAGGAGCUGAUGAACAUCCUCAACAAGAUCCUCGGCAAGCACGGGGACCUGAAAACAGACGGCUUCACCAUCGAGUCCUGCAGAAGUAUGGUGGCCGUCAUGGAUAGCGACAGCACUGGUAAACUGGGCUUCCAUGAAUUCAAAUACCUGUGGAACAACAUCAAGAAGUGGCAGGGUAUCUACAAGUCGUAUGAUGCUGACCGCUCAGGAUGCAUAGGAGCAGACGAACUGCCCGCCGCUUUCAAGGCUGCAGGUUUCCCCCUCAACAAAGAGCUGUUCAACAUGAUCAUCCGCAGAUACAGCGAUGAGGAUGGCAACAUGGACUUUGACAACUUCAUCGGCUGCCUCGUCCGGCUGAAUGCCAUGUGCAUGGCAUUCAAGACACUCGACAAGGACAACAAUGGCACCAUCAAGGUCAACGUUCAGGAGUGGUUGCAGUUGACGAUGUACUCCUAAACCCUAUGGCCACUCGAUCCUGACAUCUCGAUCCUCUUGCCCCAAGCUUCUCAGUAAAGCAAAGCAAAGCUAUGUUUACGCUGUUUAUUUUCUUACCAUCUCUUCUGUAUGUUGUUACCGUUUAUUUGUAGCCUGUUGUAGAGACAGGUAUUUGUAUACAGUGUGUAAUGUAGUAAUCCGGGCCCAAACUUGCAGGGACCAAUUUUGAACACUAGGUGGCACCUUUGCUUCAGACCAAAGAGGAACCUUUGCACUUCGGCUGUCAACAUUCCAAAUUCCAGUGUCUGGACAGGCCCUCUUUUAUAGAUUUCCUUUGUAAAUAAAGAGGGAAUAGCCUACCCAUACAAACCUUUAA